CAAUGUUAGUACAAACCAUUGCAACACCCCCUGUAAACUGUUGAUAUGAUUCAUGCCGUGCUCAUAUUCAACACCUCUGGCAUCCCCAGACUGACCAAGUUCUAUACCCCCCUCCACCAAUCCUCCCAAACCGUUGUCCAGAAGAUUUUCUCUCUCAUAUCUGUUCGUCCCCAAGGACUCUGCAACUUCCUAGAUGCACCCGAACUCGAGGCAUUCCUGGGCCCCAAGGAUGGCUCGAAUGAACGGUGGAGAGUCGUGUACAGAAAUUAUGCUACACUUUACUUUGUUUUCGUCGUCGACGGCGCAGAGAGCGAACUCGGAAUACUGGAUUUGAUCCAGGUGUUCGUAGAAGCACUCGAUCGUUCCUUCCAGAACGUCUGCGAACUGGACCUUGUUUUCCAUUUCGAUGAGGUCCAUCAUAUCCUCGCAGAAAUUAUUCAAGGCGGUCUUGUCUUGGAGACAAACGUCGAAGAGAUUAACAGUUCUGUAAAGUCGGCACUCAAGGCAAGAAAGGACUCGUUUGUAUCAUCAAACCCCCUAGCCUUGGGUGGUAGUGUUGGGGGGUCACGGAAUGGUGGCCUACCAACGCCCCUGAACUGGUUGACCGAUAGACUGACAGGCGUAAGCGGGCGGUGAGGCCGCUGUUUGCACUACAUAUUAAAUACGUUGCAUACCGUGUACUAUACAAGGCGACUAUUUUGUCAAUUCCUGA